CCCGGUGCAGCUGCUUCCGGGCUCUGCGGCUCCGGGCGGAUCCGCGAGGCCGCGGUCCGGACGCUGGGCCCGGGAGGGGCUGCAGCGCCUGGACGCCUGGCUCCCCAGGCAGCCUCGCGCUUUGCCUCGCAACCGGGAUCUCCGAAGACAUCUCCGGCCUAACCUCGCGGGGACCGAGCCUCAGCUGCGUGCUCAGGGGCCGGUGGGGCCACUUUAUAGGGUUCAUAGCCCUCUGAGUCAAGGGACGAACGUUGCUGGCUGGAGUUUGCCGGAUACCUCUUCCCUCACUCACCUAACAGGAGACUUCUUCCUGAGCUGCCUUAGGGCAGCAGUUCAGGACUCUCCCGCUCCGAAGCACCUAGGACCCAGGGCCACCUUCCUUCCUUCCUUCUUGGAUGGAGACCCUCCUCCCCCGUUUCUGGGGCACCUUGGGGCGUAGCCUUGGUGAGUGAAACUUGGGGUGCUGCCUGCUGGGAAAGAAACCUGGAAAUCAGGGAGGACACUGUGGGGGUGACCCAGGCUUUGUCAGAUCCUGAGACUUGGAAUCUUGUGUGCUGGGUGGUGGUGGUGAAUGAACUUGGAUGUGCCUUUCUUUACCUCAAAACCGUAAAGGAAACAAGCCGCUUGACACACUUGAGGCUGCAUGACCAUCCAGGGAAGUGGGGAGCCACUUCUGAAUUCAGAGUAGGACUCACCAGAAGAUACCUGUUCUUCUGAGCCUGAACAGACUGUGGCUUCUGAGGAAACCCUCAACCCCCAAACCUGAGAGUCUAAGCAGUGCCAGGAAGCAGCCCCAGAAUUUGGGGGCUCGUUACACACCCCAACCAUGUUCCUGCGACAGCUUGGUGGCUGGCUACCUCGCCCCUGGGGCCGCUGGAAAUCAACGAGGCCUGACCUGCCCGCCCCAGAACCCAGACGGAUGGACAGCUCCUCUGAGAAUUCAGGGAGUGACUGGGACAGUGCCCCAGAAACCAUGGGAGAUCUGGGGCCUCCCAAGACCAAGGACUCAGGUGCACAGAGGAGCUCUGGGGCUGCUCCAGAACCGAGCACGGAGUCCCAAGUUGAGCAACUGGGGUGCAAACGAAUGGAUUCUCUCAAGUGGGACAAGACCGUCUCUAGCACUCAAGAGUCUGGGAGAUUGGAGGCUGGAGAGACCAUUCCCAAACUAGGAUGGGAUCCUGUGGACUCAGGUGGCACCAGGAAGCCUGGUGUGUCCCCUGAAGAGGGACUGAGCCCCCCUGGGCCUGAAGCCCCAGCGGAGAAGCCUGGCCAGCGUCAGAAGCUGCUGGGCUGGCUGCGGGGGGAAACAGGUGGGGGAGCAGGGGCUCCCUACCAGUACCUGGGGGACCCAGAGGAGUGUCUGCAGAUCUCCACCAACCUGACCCUGCACCUGCUGGAGCUCCUGGCCUCAGCCCUGCUAGGGCUGUGCUCGAGGCCCUUGCGGGCAGCCUUGGACGCGUUGGGCCUGCGUGGACCGCUGGGCCUCUGGCUGCAUGGGCUACUGUCCUUCCUGGCUGCCCUGCAUGGGCUCCAUGCUGUGCUGAGCCUACUUACCGCUCACCCCCUGCACUUUGCCUGCCUCUUUGGUCUUCUACAGGCCCUGGUGCUGGCUGUCAGCCUCCGGGAGCCCAGUGGGGAUGGGGAGGCCACUGACUUGGAGGGCGAGAAGUUGGGGAGGGAGGGUGAGGAGCAGAGGGGAGACCCAGGAAAGAGGCUGUGACCACGGGGUGGGGUGUGGCCCAGCGUCCCACCCUCAGUGGGUUGGGAGCAAGGGUGAAGAUAGUGUGGGGGCACGAUCCACAUUG